UGGCGGCGAUCACACAACUUCUAAGCAGAUAAACAACAAAGUUUUGUCCUGUAUUGUGGAAUCUAUCAAGCAUUUCCAGAUAUAACGGAUAAAUACUUAAAUAAUAGUUGUCAAAGAAACAAGAUUAACUCUCUGAUUGCCACAACUAAGUGAUUAUGACCUGAGUCGUCAAGGUUAAAAAGAAGCCGUGCAGACUUGUCAUGGACUACAAUGGAGCCCAGCACUUCAGGAAGCGGAUCAAGUGUCACGGUUGGAGCCGGAGGCAGGAGCAUCAGGCAGUCUCUACGCACCAAAAAAGCAAAGGUGAGCUUCUCACCUACACUAAACAAUGCAUCGUCGUCAUCCAGCAGCCAGUCUGGGGGCUUAGGGACUAGGUCUGGCCAGGGUCAACAGGCAGAGAAAAAUGGCCCCACAAAGGUCAACAACAGCCAAUCAGCCUCUGCCAUUGGUGGCCUGCUAGGUCACCCCUUCCCCAACAAAACACAGACUCUCCGGGACCUACUGGCAUCCACUCAGUUUAGUAUGAAGCCACGCAAGCGGUCCAACAAGAGGAAGAGUAUUGCGGCUCAGAUAGCCCAGACAAAGGAGGGAUGCAUUGACAUGACGCCAGACUCCAUCCUUGUAAACACAAACCUGAAGGCAUUAUUAAACUAUGACACUUUCAACAUGCUGCCUGCAGCAUACCGGUACAAACUCAUCACACUGUUGCCUGAAUGUGACAAACUCCCCGACACAGAGAACUCACUCAGCAUCAGUCCAACAGCAUUGAAUAAUGAGUUCUUUGCCAAAGCACAGCAGGAGUGGAGAGAAAGGUUGUCGGAAGGUGAGUUUACUCCAGAAAACAUGCAGCGCUUGAAGCAAGAGGAGGAGAGGGAACAGACCAAACUUGACCCAUGGAAGGCUAAACAUUUUGAGACUUUCUGGGGACAAAGGAUACAAAAGGAUGUGCCAAAAGCAACUGGACCAUCACCUAUCAAACCUGUGAACUCCUUGCCUGCUGCCAAGAAGAAUACAGCUCAUAAACGAAGCAUGUUGGUGUCAUCCAUGUUGCGCCACAAGUCUUUGUCCAAGGCUGUAGCAGCAAGUGUGGAGUCAGUGAUGCCAGCCGGAUCACAUAGUAUAACCAACAGCAUUUCUACAGCAUCCAGUGCCCAGGUGGGACUGCUGACCACUGUCUCAACAUCAGUGACCGCAACCGUCACAUCCACCACUGCCAAUGCUGCAGCUUCAUUGACCAAAGUAGACAAGGCUGAAGUAAGCCCAACACCAGCUAAAAAGCAAAGAUUGUCCCCCAGUCAGCGGCAAGCUCAGGCUAAGACACUGGCUCAGAUCAAGGCUCAGACUGAGGCUGCUCGGAGUCAGAAGUCACAGUCAGCUGAGCCUGUCAGUCCGUUACGGACAGCUUUAACGAACACUCCUCCAGAUUUGACUGAAGUUUCACCAGCUAAGUCUGUUCCAACUGGUUCUGUUGUUACCACCCCAGGAAUUAUUAAGGUUGCUGGGCAGACAAGGACUUUAGCUCAGAUCAAAGCUCGGACUCAAGCUGCUAAAGCUCAGACAACUGUGUCAAUCAUCUCCCCACCUCAGACCAGGUCUUCAACUAAUGUGUCCCAAAACUCAUCAGUAAGGAGCCUGUUGACGAGUCCUAGUCCCCCUGUAGGGAGAGUCCCAGCCCAGGCACAAACAAGGACCUUGGCUCAGAUUAAGGCUCAGACUCGGGCCCGUGCUCAGCAGGCUACUGCUACAGUUGUGCCUCCUACUACUACUGAGCAACGCCCAGCACCAUCCUUGAGUCCUGCCCUGUCCAAGAAUCAUCCCAAUAUCUUGUUAACCUCCACUGGACGGCCAAAGACACCGUCUAAAACUGCAACCCCUGUUAAGACUGAACCCAAUAAUGGUAUCAACUUGCAAAGAUCAUUGGCUAUUUGUCAGGCUGAAUAUGAGAAAAGUAUUGUGAAAGUGAACAGUCCUGGUCCUGUGACUGGGCCGCAACAGAGCCAAAUGAGUGCCUCAAAACUGCUGUUCUCUCAGUCCGGCAGUCAGUCAGAUCAAAGCGUCCAGUCAGACGGAGAAGCAAGUCGAUCGACCGCGAGCCCUGCAGCAUCGCUGACCUCCGGAACAGCAUCUCCUACCAGGGUUUUGACGGUCCCAUCGGUCUCUUCAUCCGGGAGCACAGAAGGAAAACAGAUUCUGAUUGUGACAUCCAACAACUCUUUAGAUCCUAACACGGUGCUGGUUGUGAGUGCCCCCUCAAGUACAGUGGUAACCGGUGCUGGUGCAAACAGUACAAAAACACUGACCAACUCGGUGCAAGCUUCAUCUGCCACUACAGGCAAGGUGUACACUGGUGGGACUUCGUCUGGUGUCCGGUGCGUCCUCACACACGAGAAUCUUCGGGCGAUGUUGGCCAGCAGCACACCUCCCCGGGCCUCUAGCGCUCCGCCUACUCAGAACAAACCAGAAGUUGUGACAAUUGUGAGAUCGGCGAGUGUUGGGGGUGACGCCUCAAAUCAGACGGGAAACAAUCAGGGAGAAGUAAGCCUCAACUUAAGUUCUGAAGAAGUUAAUUUUUUAUCCAAAGCUGGCACUCCUACUCAAGCAGGUCGUGAUGGGUCUCCACGCUUCGUAGUUCGACCUGCUUCUAUUGUGGGGAAAGGCAAUAGUAAGCCCAACCCACAGUCGGUAGUGUCUGGAAGCUUCAGUGUGCAGACUGUCGCCCUUCGAAGCAACCAGACUACUGCGGCUAGCAGUGCCCAGCCAGUGACAUCUUCCAUUGUAUCAAAUAGCGUGGAGACCCAAGUGGCUAACUUACUUGCCAACCCAAAAGUGUCAAUAAUGGCUACAACCUCAGCAAUACCUAAUGUGCAAAUGAUAACCGCUGCUUCAAACAUGACUACCGUGAUGUUGCAGCCGCUUACAUCAACGGCGGUUGGAACGACGGUGACAGCGACUUCAGUGUCUGAAGGCACGCCGACUAUUAAUCCUUCAUCGUGUGCCUGCAGUCUCAAGGCUAUGGUUAUGUGCAAGAAAUGUGGUGCUUUCUGUCACGAUGACUGCAUCGGUCCGUCUCGGCUCUGUGUUACCUGCCUCAUCACAACAUAACACAGUCUUUACUACGAGUUUGUUAAUUUGUUGACCUUGCACAAUCUGUUGAAUCAUGUAUAACAUCCCAACCAUCACAUGAAGAUCUGAGUGGAAGUGUUUAUCAAUAGUGUACUAUCAAGUGUCGUUUCAGUGUACCUUACAUAAUGGUUUCUUUACCAUAGCUUCUUCUUUCCCAAUGAUGUUAAGGACUUCCAUAUUAACAAAUAUAGAAACUGGGGCAGUGCUUGAAUUAGGGGCGCAUAUAUGGGUGGAACAUAAUUUUCUUUUACAUCGUUAACAUGAUUACAGAACUCAAAUACAGUAUUAUUUUUACUUCACCUAAAUAGUGUAGGACCUGGGGUCUAGAACUACUGUGUCACAUAUUUAGAAAAAUUCAAACAUCCAUCCAUCUGAAUAGGGCAAGAGUGAUCCAAGGUGUUAGCGUGUAGUACAGAGUUGUGUCCCUUAGCAAUGAGGUAGCCUCAAUUUCUAGUUUUACUUUAGUUAUGAUCCUCUCUGUUACUCUUUUCUUAAACCCUGGAAAAAUGUUUGGGCAAAGUAUAGUUAACACAAAAAUCUUUUUUAUCACAUGGGUAAACUUAUAUUCUAAAUAUAAUAUAAUGAUGAAAUGUAAUCAACUCUGUUUAAACACGGUUCUGCCUUCAUACUAUCGGUUUAGGUGUCAGUAGAGUACUGUGUGUUAUAUUAUUUACUUUAGCUCCCCAAUGACCAAUGCAAAUAAUAGAUUAUUGUUAGCGAGUAAUAUUUUUUUUAUAAAGUUUAAAGUUUGACAAGAGUAGUUUAGAUUUCCAACAUGGUUUUAUCAUGGCAAGUCUUUCAAACACAUUUAAGCACAAUAUUUCUUUUAUUUCUAAAUAGUUGUGGUUAUUAGUGGGAAAUGUGAUGCCGCACUUCACUGUAGAGAGUUGUCUCCCCCAAGCAUUGCAGAAAUGUCUGGUAUUUGGUCCGACUAGCAGAUUCAUCCUAAGUAAAUGUCUCUUGCUGAUCAUCAUACCCUUGCCUAUGGUUUAAAGACUAAAUCAUACUGCAAUUUAAUUUCACAUCAACCUGAACAAUUUGGAACAAUAACCAAAACUUAAAAUUCUAAACGUAAAUAUGGCUUAGAGAUGGAUUUGGCCAGACUCAUUCAUAUUUUAUGUAUGCAUCAGUUGGGUUGAACUUAUGUACUGGCCAUGACAUGAAUAACAGGGGAUUUUCUGUAGGUCUUGUAUUUCAAUUUCAUUGUAAUAUGAAUAUACAUGAAGUGCAGAACAAAAUCAUUUUACAUUUUUAGGAGUAAAAAAUAAAAUCAUCAAUCCGGUGAAUCAUCAACGAUCAUGCAUUAUGAUUUUAAAACCAGCAUUGUCAUACAACACAGUGUGGAUUUUGUAUUGAUUAGUAUGUGAGGAAGGUGUAUGAUUAAUAUAGACCCCGGGGUUGACUUGAUUACUGUGCCAGGAAUGUAUGUAUUUAAUAUAUACCCCUGUAAUUAUUUGAUUACUGAAGUCACAUACCUCAAUCAAGACUGACCAUGAUUACUCCUAGAAACAAUGUUAAUGUGUACUUGUCAACAUAAUAUACCGGUAUAUUUGCUCAAACUGGCAAUAUAGGUAUACUAAUUACUUUCUUUUUGAGUAAUUCUCUUUUUGAGUUUUCAGUCAUUAAAACUCCAAUGUAGGCAGGUUCUAAAUAUAUUUAACUUUCAUUAGUAACAUGUUUGUUUAUCCAUUUACAUUUGAACAUGUACAGAUGACAAAUGAUGACAUGGGGCUAUGAUCACGAUACACAUUCAUUUCAAGACAGGAGAGGCUAUUGUCCCAAUACACCCAUCUACUGGGGCUUAAAUGUGAAGCUUAUCAGCUGAUUUUUGUGUGGAAGGAAAUAAAUGAAAACCCAACAAUGUGGACGUAAAGAGAACAUGAGGUUGUUAUGUAAUCUGCUGGAGAGACUGAAAGGAACGUGCACACACCUACUUGAUCACUUUGAAAAUACUGUUUUUCAAAGUUCUGAAACUUGGAAAGUUGUAUGUUACAUGGUUGCCAUCAAGUUUUAUCACAAGAAUCAACUGCUGAUAUUGUAUGUGUUAGUUGUUGUCAGCACCUGUUGUGUACAUGGAUAUAUGUUAUGUUCUGGCUGGCUAAUGACAGGGAAGUGGUUUGAAAGUAGAAACGGUGACUGGCAGGAACCAGCAGCUUGAAUGGGUUAUUAUAGUUUCUGCAGUCAGGUCAUAUCGAUCAAUCGGUUGCAUGCUGUUAGGUUGCAAGAAGUGUAACAGCAUUCACAUAAUUUUCUAGAUCAUUAACUUAUUUUUGGGAGAAUGGACACUUUUCAAAUUCUGAAUAUAUUAAAAUAUCCUGGUUAAAAGUUCACAGGAUUGUAUAUACUGUUCCUUCAUCACUUUUACAUGCUCAGUGGACAUUUAUGUGUCGUUUCAUACGAAGGUCUCAGACAAGUUUUGGGGGUAUGAAUGAUCCUAACUAUAAGUUUUUAAAAUCUGAAAACCAAUGUUGUCUUUGAAGGUGUGCAUACUUACACAGUGUCAACCCUAUUUCUUAUUUCAAUAGCAUUAUGUUUUUGGAAUACAGUUAUUAUCAGCGAGAUAUUUUCAGGAUAACUUGAAGUAUCAAUUAUUCUUUUUGUUAAUUGUUCUUCUCUGUACUUAACUCUGGCCUGUUUCAUCGUCAUGUUUUCUUGCCCUCAUACAUCUACUCCUGGUACCGGUAGAAAAUUCACUAAAGAAGAGGGAUGGUGGGGUAGCCUAGUGGUUAAAGCGGUUGCCUAUCAUACAAAAACCUGGGUUCGAAUUCUCGCAUUAAACAAUAGAAGAAGCCCUUUCCUGGUGACCAGUUGUUGCCAGAAUAUUGGUGAAGGCAGUUGAAAAAAUGUAUUUACCAGCACACUCAGUGAGUGGCCUGGUCCAACACAGAAUCUUUGGAGUGAUGAUCACACCAUGUUUAUUUGAAGGCAGAACAAGGUUUUCAUUUUAAGUGUAAUUAUAUUUUACUCAAAAGAAUUUUAAGAUCACCUGAUUCUUGGAAUUUGCUAUUGCUGAUCAGCCCUGACAUAUAAGCUACAGUAAUAUGAAAAUUAGAAACGUUCAAAAUACCUGCCUGCCCGACCGCCCGGGACGGGUUAUUUUCAACACGGACUGCCAGAUUCUCAAAUUCACCUGCCCGACGGUUGGGUUAAAAUUAGACAUGUAUCUGAAGAUAUUUUGUGGGCAGGUAAGUUUUGGUCAGGGCUGGCAAGUUUACAUCUAACCAGCCCUGUCUGGCUGAAAAUUGUGGGAGUUUCAAACCCAGAAAUUGGGAAUCCUUUUAAUCCUUUUGAGUUGUGUAAUAGCAGCAAGGAAUUAGGAGUUGAAAUACAGAUAAUAUUAUUGUAGAAGAUAGUGGUUACAUCAAAGAGUUAAAGUCGAAUGUUUUCCACUUUUAAGGUCAUGUAACACAUAUCUUAGCACAGAAACACUGGGUGUCGAUGAUCCAGAGAUAUGAUGGAGGCAUAUUCAAGUUUUUUUCAUUUGUUUCUAAUAGCAAAAUGGAUCAAAAUAAUAGAUUCAGCUAUCGCAUUAAAAAGUUAACUCCCAAGCUAAGCUGUCUUUGUUGAGUGGUUCACUGUAGUAUUCAAAGGCGGUAUUUUUCAAAUAUGGCACAUUGUGAAGUUUGUCCAGGAAUACCGGAAAGGCAGAAUGACAACUUUCAGAACAUUGCUGAAGUAAAACUGGGAUUAUGUCAAAACUAGUUUUCUAGAAUUUGGACUGGCGAGAUCCAUGUGUGGUAGACAUGCGUCGUGAACUUCAGCUGGAGAUGUUUUUUAUUAAGGAUGAACGUAAGGUAAGCCAGGAUGUGAGACUGGGUGACUAUUAAAGGUUCCAUUCCAAACCUGGUUCCUUUUGUUCUGUGCCGAUGUUGUGCAUGUUCUGUACAUGGUGAAUGAGUGUUCUGGAUGUCUCAGAUUGUGUACAUGUAUGCAUUCAGGCAAUCUCAGGGUCUGCCACACACAUAUGCAUUUAAACUUAUACCUUUCCUCAGCAGACAUACAGUGGAGUCAUGGGCAGGGAUGGGCAGAUUCUCACAUACAGUUUUGAAUGUUUUGGGUUGUUUUGUUUUUUUCAAUUUAAAUGUUUCCAAACUGACCUGUUUUUGAAAGUGAAAAUGCUUAAUGUUUCCAAGAAAUGUCACUUUAUCAUAACUUGAUAGAUGAAAACAUUUAAUUGCAGAAAUUGGAAUGCUGUCAGGGUGGGACUCUCGUAAUUUCAUUCCAUUUCAAAGUAGAUUUCUUGCACAAUCAAUUAUACAAUAAAUUUUGAUUGAAAGCUUUUCAUGAAAAGGAAAUAUAUGUAUUAUUCAAAAUUGGACUUUAGUUGUUUAAGUUAUUGUAAUUCAAACUUAAUGGAAUAUGUAAUGUUUAUUUUUGAGUAAUGUAAUAAAUACAGACAGGCAUUGAGGGACUUGAUGAAGAUACUGUUUUUACAUCCCAGCCUGUGACCCAUGUAGGGUGUUGUACCUGUACUUACUGUACAUUUGUAUGUUUCCAUAGCAACAGUGCUGUUACCUUUUUCUGUGAAUAUGUCCAUGAGUGUAUAUAUUCUAUAAACAUGCUGUAAAUUCUCUCGUUUUCUCAUUCAUGAAUUCCUGUUGUCAGUCUCCACACUUACAUGAAAACUGCAGUGAUGUGACGAAUAAGUUCCUGAAUCAUUCUCUCUAAGGCUCUGAUAAUUUUCAUGACAUUACCUGAAACAUGUUGCUUUUUGCAUAAGGGUGGGUACACUGCAUCUCCUUAAUUCCCACUAUAAUACUAUUCGGGCAUAGAUCAAUGGUAAAAAAAAGUUUUUGUAAACUUUAUUCUCUCAUGAUCAUUAAAGCCAUGAUAUUUGAUAUGGAUAGUGUUCACAGAUUUGUGUAGCCAGGUUUGAUUGAUUAAAGGUUAUUGAAAUUGAAUUUAUGAAUAUUAUCUCUGUUGCACUUACAUGAAUAAUACCAAUGGAGAAUGAUGUUUUGAGGAACUGGCCCCUGGCCUUUUGUUGUAUCACCUUUGAUCAGUGAAACUCUUAAUAAAACCUAUUCCUGAAUACAGCCAAUCAUUUGCCCUGCACAGAUACAUGUUUGCCCAAUCAAAAAGCCUUUUUGUAUUGUUAUGGUUCAAGCAGGAUGUGCUUCAAAUUGGUGAUGUGUCAUUCCUAAUCCAGGAAAGUUAUUGAAGUGUGGAGAUUUAAGCUGACAAGAAUUCUGGAAUGUUGUUUUUGUGCUAUAUGUUUCUUAUAAAUGUAAAUAAUUAUUUAUUUUCAUAGUUGAAGGAAGGAAAAUGUGAGAUGCAUUCAUGGUCUGGACUAUGAAAUUGAUAUUGUUUAAAUGUUCAGUAGUCAUUAAAUCAUAUCCAUUAUUUUUUAAGUCAAAAUUCUUAACUAUAUUUCCUUCAGUCAUUAUUUUCCAGGUGAAAUAUUUGGUCUCACAAAUAUACAGUGCUCUUAUUAAAACAACAAUUUUGGCUGCCCUUACACAAAGUUACACAAUACACAUCAGACUCAGAGAUACAUGUGCAGUGAUAAAUGGACAAAUUAAUUCACUACAAGCAUCAUUCUAAGAUCCUCACUGAUAUGUGCACCAAUUCCCACAGUAUUGAAAUUAUAUAAAAGCAUGUUGCACCAAAUCGUAUUUUCCAAUAACGAAUAUGAAAUUGGCACGUUUUAUUUUUGUGAUUUUUUUUAACAAGCAUUGUUUUAGGUUUUUUCUUUUGAUUUCCUUAAAUUUGACAUUUGGCUUGAGAAAUUAUAUUCAUGUAAUUUUAUGCAUAAAAUAACAAUAAAUAAAAUAAAAGAUAUGUACAAAUAUGUACACCUUUAGACAUUUCUCUGGCAUAUGUUUGAAUUUAGGUCCUGGUAAGUAAGGAAUCAAAGUGUCCAUAUAUUAUACUUGGUCAAAAUUUUACAACGACCUAAGAAUUUGUAGACAUUUUUAGUCUGCUUGUGUAAUUCUCCUUCUGUGGAAGACUACUAAGUAAACUUGUGAGGAGAUUGUCAUUUUCAGUGGUCAUCUCUGAAUGCAUAUAUAAUGAAAGUAUGUGUGUGGGUGGGAUGAACCACGUGACGACUCAAUGAAAUUGAGCAUAAAUCAAUUCACAUAAAAGUGAGAUAGAACAUUAUGAUAGUAGUGUCUCCACAACUUAGAAACUAAAAUGGGUCAGUUUUUAAUGUACCAGGUAGUUUCUAAUUAGUUAUUAUUAGUAAGAUUAGUUGAAAAAAGGUGGUUAUAGCAAGUAUUCCGAUUUCAAAAAUAGGAAUUAUUUCAUCGUUGUAUGAUAUAUUUAUGUUCAUUUCAUAUUAUUACAGUGGACAAACUCUCUUCAUUGUUGUGUAGAUAGAUAUUUAUGUUAAGAACUUGUGAUCUCAAAGGGGGGUAAAAUGAAAAUACCUUUUGUCAAAUAUUUUUAGAUGUGUAUAAAGCUUUUUUGUUUGGGGGAUUACAUGUAUGUGUUUAGUUUUAUGAAAGUAAUUAGUUUCCAGUUGUAAUGAAGAAGUUAAAUGUUAGGUUUCAUAAGUAUAGUCACAAGGGACUUAAACAAAACAGGAUUAUAUUUUCCCAGUAUUUUAAAUUGAAAUGAGUUGCAGGUUUUGAAAGAUAUUCAACAAAGUGUGUAUAUUUUAUGGUAAACUAUUUUGGGGAUUUGUCAUAUUUUAUUAUUUUGAGAGUUGCUUUGCAGAGUUUGUUUAAUUCCAAUGAUUCCAAUGAUGUACAAAGAGUUCACGUUUUGUGAGUUGGGUAAUCACACAACAUGAGAUGUUGAUAUUUUUGCUGCAAUGUUACAGGAUUGUGUGGUGUACUGUACAUACAAUUACAGUUUUGAGUGACAUGUUUCUACACACUUUAGCAACGUGUAUCAAAAAUGUCAAAAUAAAUUUUUUAUCAUAAA